CGAGCUGCGCCGGGCCGCGAGUCUCUGCUGGGUCGGGGCACCCGCAACAAGUGGCCGCCGCGCCCAUCCCGGGGGAAGUCGUGGGCGUGCAAGGGCGCCGGGAAGAGGCGGUCGAUCCGGGGAGCCCGGCCACCCGUGCGGCUCAGCGCCCACCGCAGGGGGAUCGGGGCGGGCGAAUGGGGACCCGGCGGCGGCGGCGCGGCGAGCCUCUGGGCGGCCCCAGGGCGCGGGCUCUCCGCGGCGUUGCGCCCGCCGGCCGCGAUCGCGGAUUCUAAGAGCGGCGGCUGCCCCUGGCCUCACCCGGAACCAUUGGGGGUGCCAGGAGGGGACCGAGCGCCCCCUCCCAUCGGAGUGCAGGGGCCGCUCCCAGCCGGACAUCGGCCCCGGAGCGUGGGGUAUGCGCAGCUAACGGUCCCGUCGGACGGGCUUUCCUCGGGCGGAGCGCGCAGGCGGUGCGCCCCAGCUAUGGAGUGUCCCGGGAGACGGCGGGCAUGACGGCGGCAGGAUGGGCGCGAACAAUGGCAAACAGUACGGCAGUGAGGGCAAAGGCAGCUCAAGCAUCUCAUCCGACGUGAGUUCAAGUACAGAUCACACACCAACCCAAGCCCAGAAGAAUGUGGCUACCAGUGAAGACUCCGACCUGAGCAUGCGCACCCUGAGCACGCCCAGCCCAGCCCUGAUAUGUCCACCGAACCUGCCGGGAUUUCAGAAUGGAAGGGGCUCAUCCACCUCCUCGUCCUCCAUCACGGGGGAGACGGUGGCCAUGGUCCACUCCCCGCCCCCGACCCGCCUCACCCACCCGCUCAUCCGGCUGGCCUCCAGGCCCCAGAAGGAGCAGGCCAGCAUCGAGCGGCUCCCGGACCACUCCAUGGUCCACAUCUUCUCCUUCCUGCCCACCAACCAGCUGUGCCGCUGCGCCCGCGUGUGCCGCCGCUGGUACAACCUGGCCUGGGACCCGCGGCUCUGGAGGACUAUCCGCCUGACGGGCGAGACCAUCAACGUGGACCGCGCCCUCAAGGUGCUGACCCGCAGGCUGUGCCAGGACACACCCAACGUCUGUCUCAUGCUGGAAACCGUGACUGUCAGUGGCUGCCGGCGGCUCACGGACAGAGGGCUCUACACCAUCGCCCAGUGCUGCCCGGAGCUCAGGCGCCUGGAAGUCUCAGGCUGUUACAACAUCUCCAACGAGGCCGUGUUCGACGUGGUGUCCCUCUGCCCGAACCUGGAGCACCUGGAUGUGUCAGGGUGCUCCAAAGUGACCUGCAUCAGCUUGACCCGGGAGGCCUCCAUUAAACUGUCCCCCUUGCAUGGCAAACAGAUUUCCAUCCGCUACCUGGACAUGACGGACUGCUUCGUGCUGGAGGACGAGGGCCUGCACACCAUCGCGGCGCACUGCACGCAGCUGACCCACCUGUACCUGCGCCGCUGCGUCCGCCUCACCGACGAGGGCCUGCGCUACCUGAUGAUCUACUGCCCGUCCAUCAAGGAGCUGAGCGUCAGCGACUGCCGCUUCGUCAGCGACUUCGGCCUGCGGGAGAUCGCCAAGCUGGAGUCGCGCCUGCGGUACCUCAGCAUCGCGCACUGCGGCCGGGUCACCGACGUGGGCAUCCGCUACGUGGCCAAGUACUGCAGCAAGCUGCGCUACCUCAACGCGAGGGGCUGCGAGGGCAUCACGGACCACGGCGUGGAGUACCUCGCCAAGAACUGCGCCAAGCUCAAGUCCCUGGACAUCGGCAAGUGCCCCCUGGUCUCGGACACGGGCCUGGAGUGCCUGGCCCUGAACUGCUUCAAUCUCAAGCGCCUCAGCCUCAAGUCCUGCGAGAGCAUCACGGGCCAAGGGCUGCAGAUCGUGGCGGCCAACUGCUUCGACCUCCAGCUGCUCAACGUCCAGGACUGCGAGGUGUCGGUGGAGGCCCUGCGCUUCGUGAAACGCCACUGCAAGCGCUGCGUCAUCGAGCACACCAACCCUGCCUUCUUCUGAAGGGACAGCUUCCGGCCGGCGCCGAUUGCCUACAAACAUGAACAAAAGGAAACGUGUGUUCUUAAGGCAGCCUGUGUAAGCCCCGACACCCGCUCAUAACAGCUCUUUCUUCCAGGAAGGUUCUUAGGCAUCUGGCUUUUAUUUUCUUCUACUGUCUCGGGGGCAACAGAGGUCAU